AGUUUACAGAGAAAACUACUCCCAUAGAACUGGUUACGAGAGAGCAUGAUUUUCAGUUAGAGAACAUUUGUUUUUCCAUAAGUAUAGGUGAGUGAUUCUCACCUGUUUGUUGCUAAGAUCAUUGCGAUCACUCUCCAGAGAGUUGUUUUAGAGCUAAUAAUAACGCUAUAGAAAACCUCUUCCACAACCAAGAAUUGUUAAGGUUUUGAGACUGUAUUCUUUGUGUGUGUAUGGGUUUACUCAUUUGUGCUCUUGUGGUCCGCGUGAAAUACACUAGGCAAUGGACAUUUAGUUGGUUCGUGGACUUCUCAACACUGUGCGCGCUUAUCGCUACUCGUAUACGUAAAUAGCGGUCAUUUGUAACAAACAAACUGAAAAAUAAAUAAGAAAUUUUCCACAAAAAACAAAAAAAAAAACCUAUUGGAAAAAUAACCGGAAAAUUAGCAAACUAGCGGCGGAGCAAAGGCAGACUUGUGAUUAACAUACAAAUUAAAAACUUUUAAACACAAUUAAAUAAUAAUAAAACAAAUAAACUGUGUUGCUAACUAAAAUUUAACAAAAGAAAUUAAAAUAAAUAAAUUUAGUUUGUUCGACUCUUUGUUUAAAUUAUUAACGAAUUUGCUUGAUUUUGUGUUCGGUUUGGUGUUUGUGUUUAAAUGUUUUGGGAGUUUGUUAGCAAACUCUGAUGCUUUUGUUUUGGUUGAAAACGUCAAACGACGAUCUUUAUGACUUUUGAAAGCGUGACUAAGUCGUGAUUUAUGGUGGCGUGUGGUUUUUAAAAUUCAUACUCAUCCUGUGGUUUCAUCUCGUUGUGGUUUUUUAGCAAACAGCCAAACGUUUUAGUGAAUAUUAACAAGCUUCGUCAUCAUCAUCAUCAUCUGCUGUGUAAUUUUCUGCUGCUGCUGCAGCUACAAUCUUCCUGGCGACGACGUAGCCGUCAGCUGUGCUUAAAUUUAAAUCGAUUUGGCAUCGAUUUGUUGAAUUUUGCGUAGGUGAGUGCCAAGUUUAUGCCAGUAAAUACAAAUCAUCGAGUUUUGUUUUCAUCAUCACCAACGUCUGCGAUAUCCUGCUGGGCUUUCAACUUUGUAACUCCAAAUAAGUGCAUUAUUGUUGUUGUUUUCGCUUGUCAUGGACUCCUUGGGUUUAAACGCCGUUAGCAAUAUGCAGGAAUAUAAUGCAAAUAUAGCAAUUUCUACAGCCUCAGCAGCUGCACCCACAAAAUCUUCUUCUUCUUCGAGUGCUUUAUCAGCCGCCACCACGUCUUCAGCAACGGCGUCAUGUUCAUCUGCAUCGUCGGCUUCAUCGUCAUCAUCAUCGACAAAUUCUCAUCACAAAAAGUUAAAUCCGAAUGAAACACGUACAUAUCUGAAUGCUUCCGAGGUCAAUAGCCGUCAGAAUCAGAAUCUCCUACAUUCAAAUAAUACUCCUUCUUCUACUUCUUCGUCCACACAAACUACGCAAACGCAACAAAAUAUUACAGAAAUCAUUAACAAUCCAGCAUUGCUGGAAGUUUUGGUAAAUGCUUCAGCCGUACAGCAACAUCACCAGCAACAACAACAGCAACAACAGCACCACCACCAACAACAACAACAGCAAUCAUCUGCCACAAAAGAUGUAAAUGCCUGCAGCAAAUCGAAUACUCAGAGUCAACAGUCUAGCAAAGUUUGCAACACCACCACCAACACCAUUUCAACCACCACAAAUGAUUUGGCAGCUGCAGCUGCUGUGGUUCUAUCAUUGCAAGGUACAAUGGUAACAAGUUUGCAACAAGCCGCUUUACUUCCCGUUAAUUCACCAGCUGCUGCAGCUUUAAAUCUACAAGCUCUUGAAUCGUAUUUGGCAUUGCAACGUAUAACCGGUAAAUCAGAUGUAUUUCGCUUCAAUACCGUGGGAACUUCUUCCACAACUACAUCAGCAACAACAUCCACAACAGCACUACCGUCAGCAUCAUCGCCAACAUUAUCAUCAUCAUCCUCUUCAUCAUUAGAUACUUCAUCAAACACUCAUAAUUCUAGCACUAAUGUCUGCUCUGCAACAGCACAUCACCACAAAAACUCUCGAAAAGAUUUGUCCAAGGCUGGUAACAACAGUAACAAGGAAUCUCAUAAUGACAAUGAUUCCUUAUACACUGAAAAGACCUCCACCACUAAGCUACCCUCGGCCAAUAGUCUGUUUCAUUCUCUGCACUCCACAUCUUCCAAUGAUCUCGGGGAUUGUGAAAUUCCCCUACUCCAUAGCAAUGAUGAUACCCUGAAUUUCGAAUCAUCCGAAUUGGAAACUACGUUUCUCUUCAAUACCGCUCUAAUCAGCACUAUAUCGGGAGUUCAGCAGCAACAACAACAUCAGCAAUCCAGUUGCAAUCAGGAGCUGGAACAAAUAAACAAUUUACAAACCACCAUGUUUCAAGACAAACUCAAUACCUUGGCCGCCACAGAUUGUUCAGCCCACAGCUCGGUAAACACCAACCACACUGAGUCGUCUGUUUGCGUCAAUCAACCGGCCACUGGUGUAUUGGUCAAUGCUCAACGUUCCAAGAAACAGUUUAUCUGCAAGUUUUGCAAUCGUCAGUUCACCAAGUCCUAUAAUUUACUCAUACACGAACGUACCCAUACCGACGAGAGACCCUAUUCGUGUGAUAUUUGCGGUAAAGCCUUUAGGCGUCAGGAUCAUUUAAGAGAUCAUAGAUACAUACACUCCAAGGAAAAGCCCUUUAAAUGUGCCGAGUGUGGCAAGGGAUUUUGCCAGUCACGCACUUUGGCUGUACACAAAAUAUUACACAUGGAAGAGUCACCGCACAAAUGUCCCGUUUGCAAUCGUUCCUUUAAUCAAAGAUCGAACUUAAAGACUCAUCUACUCACACACACUGAUAUCAAGCCAUAUAAUUGUAAUGCCUGCGGCAAAGUGUUUCGACGCAAUUGUGACCUGAGACGUCAUAGUUUGACCCACAAUUUAACAUCUGGCUCGGCAAUGGGAAUGAAUGAUUCUUUGGUAUCUCUUAGCUCCACUGUGAAUGAGUUAUUGAACAGUCCCACGGGCUCGCAUAGCAAGGAUAUUUUAAUCUCGGUACCCUCCUCAACAUCGUUAAACAGCCCAUCAUCUCUGAUGCUGUCAACUUCAUGUACGGCCCCAAUAUCAGCCACAAAAUCGUCGGCCGUUGAUCUUAUAGCCGUUAAAGCGGAGUUAUUUUAAAACCAUAACACUAAAGCUUAAUGAUAAGCAAAAUAUGUUAUUAUAACUGUUUUAAAUCAGUUAUCAGAACAGCUUUUCUGCCUAAUAAUAACGUUAAAAAAACACGUUAUGGUUCCACUGCUAAGAGGGUGGGUGUUAAUGGCUAAUUCCUAGUUUAUUGUUUUAUUAUUUUUUUAUAUUUCAAAUGUUUAUCUCUCUCUUUCUUUUACGCUAACUCUCUCUCUGUCAAUACAACUCUCUGUCUCUCUCUUUGUGUAUUUAAUUUUUUGUUUAACUAAAAGAGCAGUUAUUAGAAAUAAAAUCUCAAAUUAAACCAUGAAUAUAAUCGUGUUACCAUCAUGAUCAUUAUUUCUCACGUUCGAUCCAUUUAGCUUCCAUUAAACCAUUUAGCAUUAAGUUUAGUUAAUAAAUGUUUAGUGUUUUUAAUUUAUAUGCUAUUUUUUUUAUAUUUUAUAUGUAUGUUUUUACCAGUACAAUACUUAAGUAAUGUUUUAUAUCUUUGUAUUUUUCUUUUUAUAAAUUUUUCAUAUUUUAUGUGCUUGAAGCAUUUCAAAAGAAACUAAAUCCGCUUGAUUUGCGGUAAAUAAUUUAAGUUGAGAAAAAAAAAUUUCCAAUAAAAAUUUAAUUUUAUAAAUAAAAUAAAAA